GCAUAUAUAGAGUAUAAUCGCAAUGCAAAAGGCUUCAAUCCGAAGAUACACUGCGGAAGAAAAGCAACAGCUUCUGGCCAAUCUUGAUAUCGAAGUCGCACACCGCACACGACAAUUUGAAGCAUGGCUCACAGAUACACUCGCGAACUUUCGUACCCGUCAAGAAGGCCAGAUCUUGCGUAUCCCCCAUCUUGUGCGAGGAAUCACAAUGGCAGAAUUGGCGGACAAAUACGAUGGUGAUAUACAAGGAUGCCUCAGAGAUCUCCGGAAAGAGAAAAUUGGUGUGGAUACCGCCCCGAUCGAUAGGGGUGCUAUGAAGAGGAAGUGGGUUACGUCUCAGGAAACCGACGCUGACGGACGCCCUACGAGUCCCAGCAAGGCCAGGGCUGCCAAGAAUCCUCGUAUAAUGGCCGCCACCCCGCAGAAAAAGCCACCUUUCGCGACUGGUUCACGCCUACCGAAGACUCCCGGCACGGCUCGGACCAUGCGCCGCAUACCUUCGGCCGCACCAUCUCCUAGUCCGCACAAGGGUUUGCGUCCACCAAUCCUGAUGCCCCACUCGCGUCCGCCGUCACGCCCCGUUUCCCCCGCGAAACCAUCGACAUCGACAACAGCCCACAGUCGUUCUGUGCGACCUCCAUCCACCGCCAUUUUCAACCCCGCCAUUCCCAAAACUCUACCCUAUCCCCCUCGUUGGCCACGCAAAGACGAGAGCAUGCUUAGCAUCAACGGCUCACCCCUUGCCAACCCAUUCGAGCUGGGUCUCACUUGGUUGGCAGAUGGUCCACCUCUGCGAGAGGUAGAUGAGGAAAAUAAGGGAUUUCGCCCUGUGAGUAAAACUCAGAGCAGAAGCAACAGCAAUAUUGUCAUCCGACGAGAUCCAUCGCAUAUUUCCUUGAUCACAUCGUCUACCAGCCAUACCACCAAUGGAACGCAUUCACGCACCGAUUCUCAGUCAGAUCUCGCCCCUUCCUCAUCGUAUACGGCUAGCCAUUCACGCCCCAAUUCUCGCAAUGACAAGUCACUCUCCUAUUUCCCGAGUUCCUCCUCCGGUGGGUUUUCUGCUCGCGUCGCCGUACCCACGAAGGAUGGACAUCUUCUGGAGUUCGAUCCAUUGCAGACCUCGCCCAGUGCUCUGGACAAAUUGGAGGGUAUCACUGACAGCGCGAAGAAGCAGGCCAAAGAUGAUAUGUCAAAGCUGAUGAAAGCAGCUGUGGCCAAGUGGAAUAUCACUUGACGACCCUGAUCGAUGUUACCUUUAUUUGUUCUUCAUACGUGUUAUCGAGGAAAGCGAACUUUUUUAUUGUCUCUCUUAUCUUUAUCGUGCUCUGACAUACAUUCGGGUUACCUACCGCACGCUGUUUUGCUAUAUAUCAUCAUUGGGGAUUGAGCGGUGUGUAUCAUGGGGCCUUUGACUAAUGGACUGCCUUAGCCU